AGGAGAUCCGGACAUGUCGGAGUUAGAAUGGCCCGUGUCCAGAGUUCGCAAGACUUUCAUCGAGUUCUUCCAGUCCAAGGAUGAGAAGGGAGGGGCUGACGGCGGCCACACGUUCUGGGCCUCCAACAGUGUCGUCCCCUACGAUGACCCCACCCUGCUGUUCACCAACGCAGGUAUGAACCAGUUCAAGCCCAUCUUCAUGGGCACCGUCGACCCCAAGAGUCCGCUCGCCCCUCUCAAGCGAGCAUGCAACUCGCAGAAGUGCAUCCGCGCGGGAGGCAAGCACAACGACCUUGACGACGUGGGUAAGGACGUGUACCACCACACCUUCUUCGAGAUGCUCGGCAACUGGAGCUUCGCCACCUACUUCAAGAAGGAGGCCACGGCCUGGGCAUGGGAGCUCCUCACCAACGUGUACGGCCUUGAGCCGGACCGUCUGUAUGCCACCUACUGCGAGGGCGACCAACACAAGGGAGGGACUGUGCCGCCUGACGAGGAGACGCGUCAGCUGUGGCUCCAGUACCUCCCCCCUGAGCGAGUGCUCAAGGGAAACAUGAAGGACAACUUCUGGGAGAUGGGAGACACUGGGCCCUGUGGCCCUUGCACUGAGCUGCACUACGACCGUAUCGGAGGAAGGAACGCUGCUCACUUGGUGAACAUGGACGACCCCAACGUGCUCGAGAUCUGGAACGUGGUGUUCAUCCAGAUGUUCCGCAACAAGGAUCAGUCGCUGAGCAUGCUUCCCGGCAAGCACGUGGACACCGGGAUGGGGCUCGAGCGCAUCACCUCGAUCCUGCAGGGCAAGAUGUCAAACUACGACACAGAUAUCUUCACUCCCAUCUUCGACGCGAUCCACAAGAGAACUGGCGUCAGGCCCUACACCGGCAAGGUGGGCAAGGACGACAGCGACGGCAUCGACAUGGCGUACCGCGUGGUUGCAGAUCACAUCCGCACCCUGACCAUCGCAGUGACGGACGGAGCUCAGCCUGGCAACGACGGGAGGAACUACGUGAUCCGCCGUAUCCUCCGCAGAGGAGUCAGGUACGCCAGGCAGUACCUCUACCCUCCCGGCACGCAGUACGAGGCUGGCUUCUUUUCCAGCUUGUCCUCCAUCGUGGUCGACGUGCUCGGGGAGGCGUUUCCCGAGCUGAAGGGCAACCCAGGAGUUGGCAUGACGCCCGAGAAGGUGGCUUCCAUCAUCUUGGAGGAGGAGGUGUCGUUCCUGCGCACCCUCGACAGGGGUAUCGCCCAGUUCGAGAAGUUUGCCGAGAUGGACCAGUCGGCAGGAAGAAUCAGCGGCGAACAUGCGUUCAUGCUCUACGACACCUUCGGGUUCCCCGUGGAUCUCACGCUGCUCAUGGCGGAGGAAAAGGGAAUCUCCGUCGACUCUCAGGGCUACGAAGAGUGCAUGGAGAAGCAGCGCGCGAAGUCGCGAGGUGAAGCAAAGGAGGGAGAGGUUGUGCUGGUACUGGAGGCCGAGCAGACCGACAAGCUGGCCAAGGAGCUGGGAGUCGUGGCCACCGACGACUCGACCAAGUACGACUGGACGUCAGCUGGCAGCGGGCCACGAGGAAAUGCGACGGUGAAGGCGAUCUGGGACGGCAAGGAGUUCCUGUCGGAGGCGAAGGAGGGGACUUACUGUGGCCUAAUCUUCGACAAGACCAACUUCUACGCGGAGGCCGGAGGACAGCUGUUCGACACUGGCCGCGUCACCACCUCCGAGGCCGUGUUCAACGUCCAGAACGUGCAGAAGUUCGGAGGAUACAUCCUGCACUCGGGCAACCUCGGGUCAGGGUCGGUCAAGGUCGGGGACGCGGCUGAGCUGGACGUGGAUUAUGAGAGGAGAUCGCUCAUCGCCUCGAACCACACCUCCACUCAUCUCCUCAACUUCGCCCUCCGCAAGGUGCUGGGAGCUGACGGGGCGGUGAACAUCGACCAGCGCGGCAGCAUCGUGGGGCCGGACAAGCUGAGGUUUGACUUCUCCUACGGGAAGCCGAUGAAGGUCGAGGAGGUGGAGCAGGUGAGGACGCUGGUGCAGGAGCUGAUCCGAGGAGGCUACCCGCUGCAGAAGAAGGAGGUAGCACUCUCUGCGGCCAAGCAGAUCAAGUCGCUGCGAGCUGUGUUCGGAGAGGUCUACCCCGACCCCGUCCGAGUCGUCAGCGUCGGGCCAGUUCCCCACUCCAUCGACGACCUGCUGGCUAAGCCCGAUAGCGGCGAGUGGGAGAAGCUCUCGGUCGAGUUCUGCGGAGGAACGCACAUGGACAACACCAAGGAGGCGGUCGACUUCUCGAUCCUCGGAGAGGAAGGGACGGCCAAGGGCGUCCGCCGCGUCGUCUGCGUCACACGGGAUGCGGCGAGGCAGGCGAAGCAGGCGGCCGAGGACUUUGACGUGCGCGUGGCAAACGCCGGCAGCAUCACGGACAUGAGCGAGCUGGACCGGGAGAUCUCGAGCAUGCGAACAGACGUGGACGCGAUCGUGAUGGACUAUGUGAGGAAGGAUGCGAUCAAGAAGAACAUCGACAAGCUGAAGGACAAGGUGCUCGCAUGGGAGAAGCAGAUCAUCAAGGAGAAGACGGACUCGGCGCUUCGAUGGGCGGAGGCGCUGGAGGUGAGCGGCAAGUUUGUGGUCGAGGAGGUGGACGUGGACGGAGACGUCAAGGCGAUCGAUGCGGCCAUGAAGACCAUCAACACCAGGGCACCGGCUCUUCCCGUCUGCCUCCUCUCCCGCUCCUCCAAGGGCGACAAGGUCUCUUGCCUGGCUGUGGUUCCAGGAGGAGCUGGAGGCCUGGACGCCAAGGACUGGAUCAACGCGGCGCUCGAGAAGUGCGGCGGCAAGGGUGGAGGAAAGAGCGACCGCGCUCAGGGAGCCGCCAAGGAUGCCAGCGGCUUCGAGCAGGCGGUGGCAGCGGCCAAGGCAUACCCGGCCAGCAAGGGUCUCGCCUAAAGCUCCUGCUAUCUUGUUAUAGACCUGAGGCCUCCC